GUCAAAUGCAGAACCUAUGGUCAGCAUUUCCACAGGAAUCUCCACAUGAACACAUAUGACAACCAAUUCCUUAUAUAUAUCGCCUUUACCAACAAUGCCACCAUCUGCACAACAGCACAAGUGCAGGAGCAGCAUCAGAAGCAGCCACAGCAGCAACAUUAACGCCAUGGUGGUGCCGGCUGCUGCUGCGCCGGAAUGCGGCCGCCGGGAGGCGGCGGCGGCAGCUGCGGCCGCCGUGUUCUGUCGGCGCGGCCGGGGCGUCGUCGUCCCGACGGUCGACAUGUCGGCGCCGGCGGGGCGCGGCGAGCUGUCGCGGCAGGUGGCGCGGGCGUGCGCCGGGAGCGGCUUCUUCAGGGCCGUCAACCACGGCGUGCCGCCGCGGGUGUCCGCGGCGAUGGACGCCGCCGCGGCGGCGUUCUUCGUGCGGGCGGGGGCCGAGAAGCAGCUCGCCGGGCCGCCCGACCCGCUGGGCUACGGCAGCCGGAGCAUCGGGGCGAACGGCGACGUCGGCGAGCUGGAGUACCUGAUCCUGCACGCGAGCCCCGACGCGGUGGCGCGCAAGGCCAGCGCCAUCGACAGGGAAGACCCUCGACGGUUCAGCCAGGUGGUAAAUGAUUAUGUGGAGGCAGUGAGGCAGCUUGCUUGCCAUGUCCUUGACCUGCUAGGAGAGGGCCUAGGCCUCAGGGACCCCACAUCCCUGACAAGGCUCAUCACAGCCACUGACAACGACUCCCUCAUCAGGAUCAAUCACUACCCUCCAUCCUGCGCCGCCGCCGCCGGCGACCACAAGUCCGGCGGCGGCCCGGCGCCGACGGCGGCCAUCGGGUUCGGCGAGCACACCGACCCUCAGAUCCUCAGCGUCCUGCGUGCCAACGACGCCGACGGCCUGCAGCUGCUUCUGCCGGACGCCGCCGCCGCCGGCGACAGCGUCUGGGUCCCCGUGCCGCCCGACCCGUCCGCGUUCUUCGUCAACGUCGGUGAUCUCCUUCAGGCUUUGACAAACGGGAGGCUGGUGAGUAUCCGGCACAGGGUGGUGGUCGGCACCGGCAAGCCGAGGCUGUCGACCAUCUACUUCGCGGCGCCGCCGCUGCACGCCAGGAUCUCGGCUCUCCCGGAGACGGUGGCCGCCGGCGCGCCGCGCCGGUACAGGGCCUUCACCUGGGCGGAGUACAAGAGGACCAUGUACACGCUCCGCCUCAGCCACAACCGCCUCGACCUCUUCCACGCCGGCGACGGCGACGGCGAUGCCGGCGUUGGGGACGAUGACGACCAUGAAUAGCUGGACAUGAGAGAUCUUGGAACUGUGCAAUGCACACGAAAUUUUGGAUCGCUGGAAGUUUGUUGCAAUUUCGUUGGAUUGUAAUAUAUUUAUGGUGCAGUAAUUACUAAUUAAGUUUGUGACUUUGUAGUAACAGUGAUCAGUGUCCUUGUGCAUUAGUGCAUAUUGUAUAGGCUACAGCAUAAUUAUAUGUUCUGUUUCAAAUUUUUGUCCUAAAGUCAAAUAUUCAUAACUUUGAUUCAUUGAUUUCUAAAAAUUUAUUUAGUUUAACAUGAUAAGAUUCAUGUUUUUAGAUUA